AAUAACUUCAUCGUGAGUAUUGAAGGUUCGUAAAAUGAGGGAGUGGACCAUCCCCAACUCCCCCACCGGCAAGAGUUUCGAGGCCUUCGAGCCCACGCCGGGAUGCAUCUCCGUCGCCGUGACUCCCUGGUCGCAAGCUAUCGUAGACCUCAGCAAGAAGCCCUACACCGGCGCCCACAUCGAAAUUUUCAGGAUAAUGAUGCAGUACCUGGGAUGGUGUUAUUAUUUGGUGGCACCCGCUGAUAUGUCUUUGGGUAUCCUGGUGAACGGCUCAUACACUGGAGGCGUUGGGAUGCUUGCUCGACGGGAAGUUGACAUGUUGAUGGGACCAAUUGUUCAACAUCCCACGCGCUCGGAACUCGUCGAGUACGCCCAGGCCUACUUGUACAACACCCAUUACUUUCUGUACAAAAAAAUCACUAAAGUCCAACCUGAUGUACUCAUAUUCACAAAGCCGUUCCUGACAGAUGUGUGGCUGUGGGUUCUGGCGUCCGUGAUCGCGGUGGGAGGGACCGCUGGGCUACUGCAUCUGGUGCACUCCUACAUAAGAAACUCGCAUCUCAAAUCCAAACAAUCGAAGUGGGUGAUGUUCUCACGUGGCUUGACCUGGGCUUGGAAAACCGUCCUCGCACAAGAUCCAUCUGAUUCGCCUGGGGAGCGCUCCGGACGACUGCUUUCUACAUUGUGGCUCAUCAAUUGCUUUAUGAUCAUUAACAUGUACCAAUGCAACAUCACAGCCAUCUUGAUCAACGACAAGGUUAAACUGCCCUUCACUUCAGUCGAGGAUUUUGUGACGCAGAAAACAUACAAGCUGACUUGGAUUAACGGACAAAUAUACAGCUCUUUUUUUCAGGAGUAUGCCGUCAAUCAACCGGACCUUCCCUUGGGCAAACUGUGGGGCAUGAGAGAUGACUAUCAACCUGAUGCCAACCAUGUCGUCAGCACUGUGAUGACGGAGAAGGUUGCAGUUGUCGCUGCGAGAUGGCUUCAGCGGGGAUUCAUGGCAGGGGAUUUUUCUGAGUUUGGUGAGUGUCGCCUGGCGUUGGCUGAAGCGAACUCAUUGCCUCCCGUGUACAUGACAUACGGCUACCCCAAAAACUCCCCUCUUCAAGUCAAAGUUGACAUCAUGCUUCUUCGAGUGGUUCAAUCCGGCAUAGCAGGUAAUUUGCUGUCCAACAGCCUCUGGAACUCGUCGUGGUGCAUGCGGCCCCAAACAAGCCUUAGCGACUCGCGGCCUUUGGCCGUCACUGACUUCCUUGGACUUUUCGCAAUCUACGGAUUAGGUAUGAUACUGGCUUUACUGGUGUUCAUCGUUGAAGUCGCAACGGGCCGGGACUUCCAGAGCAGGAAGAAUGAAUGAGAAGACUGGAAAUGGACGAUGGUCAAUUACUACUCAAUUCUACACAAACCGUUAUUAUUUACUCGAUUUUAUUUGCAGAAUCCGUUUAUUUAA